AUGUAUCUUUGUGUUACUCCUAAAAAUAAUGAAAUUUUUAGGGAUCUUUCAUUUAGUAAAUCUUAUAUCUCGGAUUGCCUGGAAAUAGUCUUUGAAAAUGCAAUGAUUAUUAAUCCAAUUAAUGCAUUUUGGUUGAGAUCGUUUGCUGAUUUCAGAUUCGCGCAAGAAAAGCAUGCUGAUGCUUUGACAUUAUAUAUGGAAGCUUGCCUUGUUUGCAGUGAAUCGUUUACUCGUUCAUUCCCUGACAAUGUUGUUGAUGAUAUAUUAUGGCGAAAAAUUCAGCAAUGCUUACGAAAAUUAGGAAUGGUAACGCUUGCAGCAGCCGUAUCACAAUUAUUGAGAAUGCCUUAUGAUAAUCAUUUAACAAAUGCAAAAGCAUUAUUAGACUCACAUGGUGAUACUUUUGAUGCUUGUACUGCAUAUUUUCCUCUCAUCAAUGAUAUUAAUCUAAUUGAAUUCAUGAAUGAUGUCUAUGAGAAAUUGCGGCUGCAUCGAAAAAGUAAUCUUUUGUUAAAUUCAUUAGCAGUUCCGGAAAUGAAUGCACAUAACAUAACUCAUUUAGAACGAUUUCGACGUGGUGAACGACUUUUGCUCAUUCUUUGCUCUCAAAUAUUUUGUAUAUAUUUAUGA